AUGGCAGCCAAGAAGAAAGAAGCGAGUCUGCAGGCGUGUGUCACAACCCAGGAGCAGUGGGAGGAGAUGCUCGCCACCAAAGGUUUAACAGUUGUGGAUGUGAACCAGCAGUGGUGUGGUCCCUGUCGAGCUGUGGUCAGUCUGCUGCGAAAGAUAAAGAACGAACUGGCUGAUGAUCUACUGCAUUUUGCCACAGCCGAGGCAGACAGCAUCGAUGCUUUGGAGAGGUAUCGGGGGAAAUGUGAGCCCACCUUCCUCUUCUAUGGGGGAGGGGAGCUGGUGGCUGUGCUGCGAGGAGCCAACGCUCCUCUGCUCCAGAAGAUGAUUGUAGAGGAACUGGCCAAGGAGAAGUUGGUCCUGGAGCAAGGUGGUGAACGCAAAGUGGUUAAGGACGACGGUCUUUUGUCUUAUGAGAAUCCAGAAGAGGAGGAGGCGCCUCAGCAGUCAGAAAAUGAAGAAAGCAUAACUGUUCCUGCCAGUAAAUCCUACACAGUCGCCAUCAUCAAACCAGAUGCUGUGGCUCACGGCAAGGCAAACGAGAUCAUUAUGAAGAUUCAAGACGCUGGGUUUGAGAUCCUGGCCCACGAGGAGCGCACGCUGACUGAGGAGGAGGCUCGAGACUUCUACCAACACAAAGCAGCAGAGGAUUGCUUUCAGGACUUGGUGCAGUUUAUGUCCAGCGGUCCCUCCCACGUUCUGGUGCUGUCUCAGGUCGAGGGCUCUGCCGGUGUUGUGCCGGCGUGGCGUGAGUUCAUCGGCCCAGCAGACAUCGAGGAAGCCAGGAGGGAAAAGCCAGAAAGCUUGCGGGCACAAUACUGCACACAGCCACCGUUCAAUGCAGUGCACGGCAGCGAGGACAGCGACCAGGCCAGCAGGGAGCUCGCCUUCUUCUUCCCCAACUUCAGGACGGCCUCGGUAGCGGAGCAGCAGGAUGGGGAGGAAGAGCGUGUGGAGAGGACGCUGGCCCUUAUCCGGCCUGACGCUGCCAGGGAGAACAGAGGAGACGUCCUGGCCCAAAUCCACAAGUCAGGUUUCUCUGUGGCCCUUCAGAGAGAGGUGAUGUUGACAGAGGAGCAGGUCAGACAGUUUUACCUCCAACAUGUCGAGGAGGACUACUUUCCGGCCCUGCUGAGAAGCAUGACCAGUGGGCCGGUGCUAGCUCUGGCUCUAGCCAGAACAGGGGCUGUCAAACACUGGAGGAGCAUCCUUGGUCCGGCUGACGUUAAUAAAGCCAAAGAGGAGAGUCCUGACUGUCUAAGAGCCCAGUUCGCUGUGGAGAAUGAAACCAUCAACCAGCUGCAUGGCAGUAGAAGCCAAGAAGAGGCAGAGCGGGAGAUCGACUUCUUCUUCCCCAAGCAGAGGACGCUGGCAGUUAUCAAACCGGACGCCAUGGAGGAGCACAAAGAGAAGAUCCUGGAGGAGAUCCAUGCCAGUGGCUUCCAUGUGACGCAGCUGAAGGAGACGGUGCUGUCCAGGGAAGUGGCCGAGGAGUUUUACAAAGAGCACAGGGAGAAGCCGUUCUUCGGCCAGCUGGUGGAGUUCAUGUGUCGGGGGCCCUGCAUGAUGCUUCUCCUGACUAAGGAAAAUGCAGUUGAGGAGUGGAGGGCCAUGAUGGGCCCCACAGACCCUGACCAGGCUAAGGAGACUUCCCCGAAUUCUCUGAGGGCCCGCUUCGCCUGUGACAUCCUCCACAACUCAGUCCACGGCGCCUCGAACGAGCAGCACGCAGCGGAGAAGAUCCGUUUCAUCUUCGGUGAAAUCUGCACAGAGGCAGAGGCCAACAGUGGUGAUGGACAGAGUGAUGCGAUAAUUUCAGCCGAACAGGAAGACGGUUCUGCAGAUGAAAACACAGGAAAGUUACAAUCUCAGAGUGAAGAAACGUCUGAUAACCAAACACAAGAAGAAGAAGCUGAGAUGUAA